UUUGAGUACAAUCAAAUUGCAUGUUUUUAUAUGUAUCUUCCUCAAACCCUCUUUAUUUACCAUACUGUUACCCAAAUUUAGUCCAUUCUCUCAGCUUCCAUCAUCUCUGUCUGCAAUGUAUCCUCAAGAUCAUGUCCCCAUUCAGAUUGGAACCACUCCCACCCCCGAUAAUCGACAGCUUAAACGGCGCCACACGGCCCGAUACUACAUGCACAGGGUGCAAGAGAGUCUGACUACUAGGGUUUCCAAGUUCAUUUGUGCAAUAUGUCUUGGCAUUCUCUUUUUUGCAGGCAUUGUAGCAUUUAUAGUUUAUCUAAGCUUGCGUCCACACCGGCCACGGUUCUUCAUCCAGCAGUUCUCUCUCCCGGCCUUGGCGCAGCCUAAUGGAUUCGAGAAUGCUGAACUCACCUUCAAUGUAACAGCGCGAAACUCCAACCACAAGAUUGGAGUUUAUUAUGAUGACAUGGCGGUAACUGCAUAUUACGAUGAUCAGAGCAUUGGUGGGCGGCCAGUUUUGUUUCCAUUUUACCAGGAGCCUAAAAAUUCGACAAUUAUAUUCGGUACGUUGAGUGGGACUAGGUUAACUGUGGAUAAUCGCCGUUGGAUGCAGUUCUUGACGGAUCGGGCAAGAGGGAAAGUAAUGUUUCGGCUUGAGUUGGUGUCGACGAUUCGGUUCAAGAUUUCGACUUGGGAUAGCAAACGGCAUAAAAUGCAUGCAAAUUGUCAAGUAGAAGUUGGGGCUGAUGGCAUGAUGAUGGCUAGUUAUGUUGGACAUAGAUGCCCUACUUAUUUCACCUAAAUCGGCUUUUCCUGUUGUACUAUUGUUUUUUAUUAAAGUUCUUUUAAAUUUAUUAUGUGUUGUUUGAUCUUGUAUAUUUUUAUUUGAUUAUAGUGAAAGUUAUUUUGAUCUGUUGAUAUACCCAUCUAUACAACCGCGUGAUGAGGUACCUGUUUCAAAUCGACGCACUGUUGGUAUACGGCAAUUUGGUGCCAUUUUGUUGGCUCGUUCUUUAUAUUUAAGUUUUAAAAUUUUAGAUAUAUUUUUGAAAAUUAUAGUUUUAUAUUUUAGCUUUUAUAUUUUAAUUCUUAUAUUACUAUUUAUAUUUUUAGUAUUUAUUUAGUUUGUUAUAUAUCUAGCCAAAGGGUCUCCCUUUGGUUAGAUAUAUAUUUUUUCUGCUUUAGUAUUUAUUUUAUUUAUCACCUUUUUUUCACAAAUUAUUUUAUUUAUCUUUCAUUGACUUUACCAUCUUUUGAUAAACUAUUUUAUAUUUUAUUAUAAUAAUUAAAUUUAUAAUUUUCUUGUUAUUAAUGAAUUGUAUUAUUUCAGGUAUGAGGUGGAAGUAGCGUGGAUUUGGAGCUUGGGACGUUUUAUUUCAGACAUUAAGUUUUAUUGUCUAAACUUCCGGAGACAUUUUCUUGUCUUUCGGUUAGAUAAUAAACUUUUUGAAUGAAAGAAACUCCUCGGAGUAUUGGCGUAUUCUCGAUACGAGCAAGUGCAUUUCUGUCAAAAAAAAAAAAAAAUAAUAAUAAUAGAAGAGUAGUGCUAGGUGCACGAAAUUGUGUACAGAAAAAUUGUACAUACUAAUGUGACAAUUGA